AUGGUUAAUCCCAAGAUAGCACGAGCGAGACUUCGAGAGAAAGCAAUACAAGAAGGUGAUGGCUUCGGCUAUCCAGUUUCAUCGAAAGAAUUUGAUGAAGCCUACGAGAUUUACCUGAGAAAAGUCAUUCGAGACUACCCCGGCGAUAGCGAACAUGAGCGAGACCUUAGAGCAGUGAGAUCCGUCGGCAUAUAUUUAUGGCGCAAAAAGACAUUGGAGCAGCUAUUACCAGAUCUGUUUUCAGAAGGGUUAUCACCCAUAGCAGAAGAGACUCCAGCAUCAACCUCAACAGAUGCAGCAAGACUUGAAGAAGCAGAGAAAGCACCGAUUAUAUCGACACCAGCCCAGCAUUCACCAGCCACACAAGCUACAACCAUGAUUGCUGGUAUACCAUUGGCAGAUUGGUUGCAUCUUAAGGCAGCAGAUCCAGAGACUGCCCAGGAUCUGAUGAAGUCGUGGAAGAUUGAGCAGGCCGAGAAGAAGGCAAAAGAUUUGGAAUUGGAACAAAGAAUGACUGACAAGGAGAAGAAUACUUCCGACCGGAUUGCGACCGAAUCGCACAGUCAAGCCGUGGAGCGUGCCGCAAUGACUGAGACAGACGAAAAUGAAAAGAAGAAUACUCCCAACAGCACAGUCACUGUUAUACAUGUCGGCCGUGUAUGGAUGGCCCCAACAGCCGCAAAAUAUCCAGAGUCUUCCGCAGCUCUAAAUUCCUCGAAUGACACUGAAGAGAGUGUACAAAACACGACACAGGAAGGAAAGAUAUUCGGAAACGAAAAUACUGAAUAUAAAGAGCAUAGAUUUAAGAAGUAUAGAUCGCAGAAGCAAGCAUCCCGCUUUCAACACUGA